UCUCAAACCUCAUCCAAUUCCCUCUACUUAUUUUCCAUUACACUUUUCAAUCAUCUUCCAUUCUUUUUCAUUCAUACUCUCACCAUGGAAGUUGGUCUAAGACUCCUUCCCUAUAUUAUCAGCUCAAAGAGUAACUCAAAUAUUCUUAUCAAAUCUGCGGUGAAAAAGCCAAACCAAACCAUCCCUAUGGAUUUCUGCUUCCUCAAAACUUGCAAUUUGUGUAAUAAACACCUCAGCCAAGACAAAGAUAUCUACAUGUACAGAGGAGAUCACGGUUUCUGCAGUAUAGAGUGCCGGAACAGACAAAUAGUUUUGGAUGACAUGAAAGAAUUAGAGAUUUGCACUAAGAAAAUGGUAAAAUCUUAUAGGCAAUGUUGUAGUGAGGCGCGCAGAGAGACGAGCCUUAUUCUGGAGGACAUUCGAAUGCAAAGACUGAAAUCUAAUGUAUAAACCAGUUCCAUGUAACCAAUAACUAGUUAAAGAGUUAGUGUUUUUUUUUGUCAAAGAAUAAAAAAGUUAUAUAGUUA